CUCUACCAUAGGAUCCGCAUAUAUCCGACGAGCUUCCCCAAACCCGCCGUCGACUUCACUCCUUCCCGAUCCUUAUUCAUCUGCUAAACUAUCUCCACCGCCCACAUCACAAUGUCUGAGAACAAGCUCGAGAAGUCUCUCGAUGAGAUCCUCCAGGAUCGCCGAUCCAAGGGUCGCGGCCGCGGAGGUCGUCGUGGUCGAUCUGCCGGCCGUACUGCCACCACUCAAGCGCCUGUCGGCGGAGUGUCGAAGUCGACUAGGCAAGCCAAGGGAAAUAAGGCUGCCCCGUCUGCGCCAACUCCUGCCACUGGCGACUCCAAGAUCAUGAUCUCCAACUUGCCCAAGGAUGUUGACGAGAUCACCAUAAAGAACUACUUCACCGAAACCAUUGGCAAGCCGAAGAAGGUUCUCCUCCAAUAUGGACCAAACGGAGCAAGCCUAGGUAGCGCCAUCGUCAUCUUUCCCCGACCAGACCUUGGCGCGAAGGCGGCUUCAGAACUGAAUGGGAUGAGCAUUGACAAGCGUCCAAUUCGCGUGGAACUUCUCCUCAGCGCAUCCGCCGUGCCGGCCAUCCCCCAGAAGAGCCUCGCCGACCGAGUCACGUAAGACCCCUGAUCACGUGUAGCUUGAUAACGACAACUCACAAACCCACAGCCCUGCGAAGAAGGACAAGGAUAAGCCCAAGCCAGCUACCAA